UCAUAUAUUACGAUAUCAAAUCUGAACCUUUAAAACAAGAAAAACUAUGGGUGGUGCUGUCAGCUCACUAAGAGACCUCGACACCGUCACUAAAAGACUUGUCCAUCUGUCAGAGAAUGACCCUAACAAAGAAAUCUUUGUCUUCUACACCUCUGGACUUCGUGAGGCCUACACUGCCAGACAACUCUACACCUUGGCUGGGAGGUUUGCAUUCAGGUUACGCCAGCGUGGCUUCCAGAAAGGGGACGUCAUCGCCAACACCCUGAACGAUUCCCCGGAGCGUGCGGUGACAGAUAUUGGUAUAAUGUUAGCAGGAUGUGUCACAAUGAACAUACAGCUUCUUCUGGCCGAUGGCACUGAUUUUCGUCUUAUGGCCCAAAACAGCAAAUGUCGUGCAGUGAUCAUGUCUCCAUGGAAACAAGGAGCAGCAUGGAAACUAAUGAAUCAAUUCUUCUCUGGCAAAUCAGACCAAGGCUUUGUUGACAUUCAUAUUGAUAACAUCCCGGAUCUGACGUCAGCUAUUCUGGUUGGUAGGACUGAGAAUGGAGAAAAUAAACAUUUUCUGAAUGACUUAAAGAUCGGCCGUGAGGAUAUCUAUGUCGAGCCAGCUAAACCGGACGACCUGUUGAUAAUCAUUUCAACUUCCGGAAGUACCGGCUACUCCAAACUUGUACCCAGAAGUCACGAGGAUACUUUGAAAAGCGAGGAACUUGCCCAUCACGUAUUGUGCCCUGGAGUCCAAUGGAACAGUCCUAGAGAGAAAUGUUUAAAAUACUACAACGAUAAAUCAAUGGGUUGGGGUGUUGGUAUGCCUUUUGCUCCAAUAUGUAGUGCUGACACCAGAGUACUGACAGACAUUUUCGACGCUGAGGUCAAGAGAACAGGAAAGGAUCUUUGGGAAGCGUCCACCAAAGAAAACGCCCAAUUCUGCCCCAUGCUUUGUUUAGAGAUGGACAGUGUACGGGAGUAUAUCGACUCUGUUGGAGGCUCGGAAUUUAAGUUUAAAAUGCUGAUUGCAGGAGCCCAGCCCUUGAGGAAGAGUCAAAUGGAAAACUUUCUGACAUUGACAGAAAAACUUAUAGUCGUCUAUGGCUCCACAGAAGCUGGGUUUUUAACAGCAAAAUGUAUUACUAAAGGUGACACUAUGCAGUCCAACGACAACGGUAAGGUCGUGCCUGGUGUAGAGUUACGUAUUGUGGCUAAUGAUGGUAGGCUAUGUCGGCCUGAGGAAACGGGAACUAUAGAGGUCAAAGGUCCAGAUGUAUUUAAAGGCUACUACAACAGACUGACCAGUCCAGACCCGCAAACAGUGAAAGCUUUUACCUCAGAUGGGUGGUUCAAGAUGGAGGACUAUGGUUACAUCGAUAAAGAUGGAAACGUCUUCGUGUUUGGUCGAACUAAAGAUAUUAUUACAUACGGAGCAGAUUCCUUGUAUCCGGGAUGGAUGGAGAAAAAGUUGAUGGAACAUUCUGACGUAUUGGAGGCUAUUGUAGUUCCGGUGUCAGAUCCACUGUUGUACCAAAACAUCUGUGCUUGUGUUAAGAUAAAGAGGGACAGCAAACUCAACGAAGAUCAACUCAGAAAAUAUUGUGAUCAAAUUUUUCUACCAAAUCCUGUCAGUGAGGAAACACCAAAACCGCAACACUUUAUUAUUACCAAAGGGGAUUUCCCUGAGAUGUCCACUGGAAAACCAAACAAGAAACGACUUAGAGAGAUGGCCGAAUCAAUGUUUGGAUACGAUAAGAAGGUUAUUUUAUCAGUGGCGGCGCCAGAGUCGGAAACCUAGGACAGGAUCAUUGUGAUCCUUUACGGUGGAAACAAAAAUGGUUCAAUUAUGUUUGCUUGUAAAAUGUGCAGCUAAGAGAACAAUUAUAAGAAAGAUAAUAUUGCAAAACUUUUAUUGCCAACUCACGCUGUCUCGUUUCCACUUUCUCUCCCGCUCUCUCUCUCUCUCACAUUCUUACUUUCUCUUACUCUCUUCCAUUCUCCCUCGCUCUCGUUCUCCCUCUCUCUCUGUUCAAAUCUAUUAAAGUACUAUCCACAGUUUUUUAAAUUUUUAUUAACGGCCCCCGUAAGGGAAAAACCGCUAUUAGGUUUGUGCAGAAUGCCAGUCUGUAGGUUUGUCCGUCUGUCACACUCAGAUUUUAAAAACUAGAAGAGAAAUGAAAAAUAUUAUUUCAGCAUGCGAUGCGGCUUGCAAAGUUUAGGUGCAACGGCUACUUUUGCUUUCCUAAAAGCAAACCUUUUAGUUUAUAAAAUUAAUUGUGCAAGCGAUUUUUUCCUAAAAAUACACAAAAUACAUAAAUGUAAGGGAGAUAAUGUUAGAAUAUGUUAACAAAGAAAUAUAUUUUUUUUUUGUAUUUUCAGUAUCACUAAGUCAAAUAUAUUUAUAAAUAGUACAAGAAAUUUUCACAACAAAUAUAAAUAUUAGUUAACUGUGUUUUUUUCUGGUAUACUGUCUGCUAAAAUUAAAAGAAAACAUUUAUGUUUUAUAUUUUCAUAAAGGCUAAGAAUGCAUUUUGUAUGUAAAUAUCACGCACAUCUUUUGAAAUGGACUCCUUAAACAGCGUGCUCCAGGCGGUAGCAUGACGCCACGGCAUGAUGCAACACAUGACCAGUUCCCUCAAACUUUUUAAAUAAUCGGAUUGUAUUAUUUUUUUGUUUAGUGCCCUAAUCAGGAUAAAAGCCGCAAUUUUUUUUUCGUUUUGUCUGUUUGUCGGUCUGUCCAUCAUGCUUGGAUUAAAAAAAAACAAACAAUACUAAAAGCUAUUGAAAAUCUGAUUUAACUUUUAAUUUUCCUUCCAAAACAUUGCUAUAGUUUUAAGUAUCUAUAAUAGAAUGUUACGGAUAUUUUUUGUGAAAAACUAAUCAAUGCCGAAUGUAUGUUUGCUCUUCUAACUUAUAUUAUAUUUAAUUUCCGUGCUUAAACGUUGCAAAACACUUUAUCAAUCAUUUGUUGUUCCGGUUUUUUAAUGUAAAUAGCAUAUAAAUGCUAAAUGAAAAUCUCUAUACUGACUGACAAAUUUAUGUCAAAUGACUUUUGUUUUCAAAAAUAUCGACAAAAGGUUGUGAGGAUUUUAAAAUAAGAAAGUAAUUUACUAGCAACAACUAUUGAAAAUCACUUUUUUGACUUCUUUUAAAUUUAAUUUUCUUAAUGAAACAUAAUAUUUUUUUUUUUCGGUAAAGAAUGUUCCGGAUUUCGUUUUGAAAAAAAAUCAAUACUUUAAAUCGUCGCCAAAAUUGUUCCGAAUUUAAUAUGACAAUUCUACUAACGCCCAAAAAUUGUUUGAAAUCCCUCUUCUAAUAAAUAAAACAAAUAAUCUUCUUAUUUACGAAAAUCGCUUGUUCCGGAUUUUUUUGAAAAACAUUUAAACUCUUUUUAUGUAUGAUCGCACUUCUCUCUCCCAAUACAUUAAAUUUUCUAGCUAAAACGUUACAAAAUCUAAUAACUGUUCAAAUUUUUUUGAAAAACAAUUUCCUAACACCAAAGUUUGGUUUAAACAUCUCUCAACAAGGCUACAGUACAUCUAAUUUUCACACAAGACCAUCCUAAACAUUUAAAUUAAAUAUAUUAGAUUCAUCUGGAAUUC